AACCACGCAUUUGUUAGCCAUCACCGACCGGCAAGUCCAUGUGUCGAUGGAACGGUUGGAGUUUGUCCCUCCCAGCUAGUCAUCGUUUUCAACUGUAAAUAGUUUGCUUUAAAUUGUAAAUACAAUGGGAAAUAUUUCUGCUCAUUCAGCUCCAAAUCCUCCCAUGGAUGUGCCAUUGUCUCCCCCUAUUAUACCCCCUAAAGAUGAAUCAAAAGGAUCCUUGUCUAAAGGGUCAAAUAAUAAUGGGAUUCAGAAUCCUGGCACUAUGGAAGACUUGCACAAACAAUGCACUGAUGUCUUCCCCAUGGUGUUUGAAGGAGGCAAAUUCCUCCUCAAUAAAGCACUCAGUAAUCACUUCCAAGUGUCACACACAGUUAACUUCUCAACAGUGCAGCCUCCAGGCUACAGAUUUGGUGCAACUUACCUGGGUGAUCAGGUCUCCCCUACUGAAGUUUACCCUAUAUUGGUGGGGGAUAUUGACCCAUCUGGAAACCUCAACGCCAACAUUAUACAUCAAUUAAGUCCAAAUAUCAGGACAAAAUUUGUUGCUCAGAUUGAUGGAGGGAAGUGGCAGGCCACUCAGCUCACAACUGACUAUAAAGGAAGGACAAGCACUUCGUCCCUCACUCUCGGCAACAUAGAUGUCCUCAACGGCACUGGUCUGGCCGUUGCCCAUUACUUACAGCAGGUUACGGCGAAAGUUGCUCUAGGGUCAGAGCUUGCAUAUCAAUAUGGACCACAAAUUCCAGGCGGGCAGAUCGCCUUGCACUCUAUCGCAGCCCGGUAUUCAGGGAGCAACUUCACAGCCACGGGCACGCUAGGUGGCGCCGGUCUGCAUUUGUGUUACCAUCAAAAAUGCAGCGAAAACUUGCAAAUUGCCACUGAGCUCGAGACGAGCCUCAGGAUGCAAGAGUCUGUCGCCACUUCGGGCUUCCAAGUGGAAAUCCCUAAAGCCAAUUGCACUUUCAGGGGUAAAAUCGACAGCAACGGUACGGUAGGGGCCGUCAUGGAGAAGAAACUGACCCCUCUGCCGUUCUGUCUUACUCUCUCCGCGAUGCACAACCACCCCAAAAACAAAUUCAAGCUCGGAGUUGGCUUUUCCAUCGGCUAGAAUAAAUAGGCUUUCAAAAUGCCUCGGUUAUUAUUCCUCUGUUUUAGCUCACAUUGUUGUAGUUAUUGUACGUACUAUUCGAGUCCAAUGAGAAGGAAGACUUCUAUGACGACUCCAUUCUCUUAUAGAGUUUGGAAACGCGAGGUUUGAACAGGUCACAGCUCGCUAAUGCAGAGGGUGCAGUCACGUGUUCAAGGAAGCUGAGCCGAAAGUCAUUUGUUUUGCGGUGGUUGUACACAAUGUACGCGAAGGUCCUUGAACGUUGCUCGUUAUUUUUGCAGUAGGUCUUGUGUUGAUAUUUUUCUAUUCAACGGGGAACUGAAAAAAUUUCACUAAUUCCUGAAGGGAUCGUAUAUGGACAUGUUCCAACGAUAAAUUGGGGACAGUUCGUAAUUUGAAAAUGGUUGGAAGAUUACAUAGCUAAUUUGCAAAUUACGAAACUAUAUUUAUUAUCCACGUAUUGGUGCUAGAAAACUUCGGUUCAUCUAUGUCAUGUAGAAGUAAUUCACUUACUUAUCCUCAUACUUCUCCAGCUAUAUUUUGUCAGUUUGUAAACGAAGCUCAUUGUUUUAGUGGAAAAUCUCACAAUUCCCUCUGACGUUUCUUUAGCAGGAAUAUGAGGAACAACUUCAUUUCAUAUUGCACCGCUUUUGCGUUUCAGCGCUUUUUAAGGUAAUUCUUUCACUUCGAUUUUUAUAUUGCGUCUUGUUUAUAUCAAAUGGCUUACAUUCCUCAUCAUGUAAUGUACAUAAUACAUUAUUUAUUCAUAUAUUUUGAACAGUAAGCUUCAAAACGUCAAUAACUCUGAUAGUCUCACUUGUUCUGUGAAAUUAAAUUCAAAUAUAAUGUCUUCCUGUCUUCAAAAUGUACGAAAGUAAGUCGCUUGUUUUUAAAAUGCCCUUCAAUAAUAUUUAUUCAUUUCAAUAUGUCAUUCUUCGUGGUCGAGUGAAUUAAGCCUAAUAGCAUAUGCCGAAAGCGAAAUUUUCUUUACCUAGACUCUCGCGCGUUUAAUUGCUCUCUGUCGGAGAAUCAUGCUCGUCUCGUCAUGAGAAUUUCCCCAUUAGUCACUUGUAAAGAAUGGACAAAUUCUGGCUCAAUUGCGCUUUUCAAUUUUCUUGUGAUUGGCUUGUCAUCCUCUAAGGAUAAUUUAAAACAUUUUCUAUGGCUAGUUCGAAAGCAUGUUCAAUUAUUUUUGACGUGAAACUCGAUGAGUUUAAUAAAUACGUCAUUUGAGUCGUGCGCAAGUAGUGUACGUGACUUGUUACACUUUCAUUUUUGUUACAAUUAUUUCUGUGUACAAAUCAGUGAUUUUCGUA